AUGUUGCGCCAAAGCAUAGCAGGUCUCUGCGCGAGACCAGCGUCCAGAUGCCUCCCCGCGGCGCACAUGCUUAACUCGGGCAUGCGAGGCAUGCGCUUACCACGCCCGACGACGACCUCGAUCCGCGCAACACGACAUGUGCACUCCGGAGGCCGCUACGAACCCCUCCGACCUCCGUCCCCCGCCUCCCUCGGCGCUCCCAAACGCGCGCGCACAUACCCCAAGGGCCGCAAGUGGACUCGACGCCUGCUCGUCCUCUCCUCCAUCCUCGGCACCGUCUAUCUGAUCGACUCCCACGUCUACGCCUCCGGCCUCGGCCGCUCCCUCCGCACCUUCGGCACCGGCCUCGUCGUCGCGCUCGACUACAAGCUCAAUUUCCGCCCCGUGCCGCUGACAGGCGGCUCGGUCACGGAUCUGCACCACCGCAACGCGGAGCGUCUCUUCGAGCUCUUGCGCCACAAUGGAGGGCUGUACCUGAAGAUCGGCCAGGCCAUCGCCAUGCAGAGCGCCGUGCUGCCGCCGGAGUUCCAGAAGAUGUUCUCGAGGAUGUUCGACGACGCCCCGCAGGACGACUGGAAGGACGUCGAGGCCGUGAUACACGAGGACUUUGGCGGCCGCUCCCCGGAAGAGGUCUUCGGGGUCAGCUUCCGCGGCGAGGAGGGCAAGGGCGUGAUGGAGCGCCGGGCGAGGGCGUCGGCGAGCGUCGCGCAGGUCCACUGGGCGCGGCUCCCCGACGGCCGCGAGGUGGCCAUCAAGAUCCAGAAGCGCGAGAUCGCCAAGCAGAUCUCGUGGGACCUGUGGGCGUUCAAGACGGUCGCCUGGAUCUACAGCAAGUGGUUCGACCUCCCGCUGUACAGCCUCGUCCCCUUCAUCACCGAGCGCCUCGAGCUGGAGACCGACUUCCUCAACGAGGCCAAGAACUCAGAGACCAUGCGCCAGCUCAUCGACAACGAGAGGGGCCUCAGGGGCCGCGUCUACGUGCCCAAGGUCUACCCCGAGCUCUCGACCAGGCGCGUCAUGGUCACGGAGUGGAUCGAGGGCAUCAGGCUGUGGGACAAGCAGGGCAUCAACGGACGGUGGCUCGGCGGGUACGGCAACGGAUCCCCCGGCGUCCACGGCGCGCCGCUGGCCCCUCCCGACAUGGCCGCCGUGCGCAGGCAGCUCCGCGAGAGGCCGUACGCCGAGCAGCUGAAACCGGAGCGCAACGAGUGGAAGGGCCGCCGCGGGCGCGGCGGGCUGGGGCUGAGCAGCAAGGAGGUCAUGACGACCAUGGUGGACCUCUUCUCGGCGCAGAUCUUCAAAUGGGGCGUCGUCCACUGCGACCCGCACCCGGGCAACAUCUUCAUCCGGCGCCUGCCCAACGGGCGCGCCGAGCUGGUGCUCAUCGACCACGGGCUGUACGUGUACAUGACGCCCGAGUUCCGGCACCAGUACGGGGUGUUCUGGAAGGCGCUGAUGACGUUCGACAACCGGACGAUCGAGAAGGUGACGGAGGCGUGGGGGAUCAAGGCGGCGGACCUGUUCGCGAGCGCGACGCUGAUGCGGCCGUACGAGGGCGGUGACGAGCGGACGCGCAACGGCAUCAUGAAGGAGCUCGAGGGCAGGACGCCGGCGGAGCGGCACUACGAGAUGCAGCAGCGGAUGAAGCAGGGGAUCCGGGAGGUGCUGGCGGACGAGGACAAGUGGCCCAAGGAGCUCGUCUUCAUCGGGCGCAACAUGCGCAUCGUGCAGGGCAACAACCAGUACCUCGGCAGCCCCGUCAACCGGGUCAAGAUGAUGGGGGAGUGGGCGAGCCGGAGCCUGUUCGAGGACCCGAACCUGCCGUGGGCGAGGCGGGCGGGCAACGCGUGGCGGCACCUCAUCUUCAAGGGCGUGCUGGCGCUGACGGACGUCGCGUUUUACUUUUUCAAGCUGAGGCAGUUCCUCGGCUUCGGGGGCGGCAUGGAGGACGAGAUGGAGAAGAGGAUGAAGGACAUCGCGCAGGAUUUCGGGGUCGAGUUGCAGCACGAGGUGUUUGAGGGAUAG